AUGAGCGGAAAGCUGGAAGACAUAGGCGAACUCGUUUUGCUUAUCGGAGAUUUCCAUUCCCCCAUGAGAAACUUAGGACUCCCGGACUGCUUCAAGGAUCUCCUCAAAACAGACAAAAUAAAACAUGUACUAUGUACGGGCAAUGUUGGCUGUCGUGAAAACCUGGAACUCCUAAAAAAUAUUGCUGACUCGGUUCAUAUAACGAAGGGAGACAUGGACGAUGAGUAUGAUUUCCCUGAAGAUAUCUCUCUCACCAUUGGAGAUUUUAAAAUAUCAUUAAUCCAUGGCCACCAAAUUAUCCCAUGGGGGGACACAAAUGCACUUUUACAAUGGCAAAAGAAGUAUGACAGCGAUAUUGUCAUUUCGGGGCACACACAUAAAAAUUCUAUUGUUCGGUAUGAAGGCAAAUAUUUUAUUAACCCCGGGUCAGCAACUGGAGCCUUUCAGCCAUGGCUUUCUCAACCCACUCCAAGCUUCAUAUUAAUGGCCGUGGCGAAAAGUUCCAUCGUUGUAUAUGUGUAUGAGGAGAAAAAUGGGAAAACCAAUGUAGAGAUGAGUGAGCUGCAGAAGUGA